CUGGUUAUGGCAAAAUUUUUGGCAACAAUUAAGGCAAUAAUUACGCGUUUAGUAUUUGCAUCGCAUGGUUUCAUCGCUAUCUGGCAGGUAACAACUUUCAAGAAAAAUCCAUAUUUUUGGUAUCUGAGCUGUCCUAUCUUGUUGCUGUUCUUCGAAGGCAUUUUUACGGUCACUAUAAAGGAAAAUCAGGAAUGGAAAUGGUUUUGCCCAUCUGUAUUUUUAUAUCUUAGUAGCGUGGUACCAGCAAUCUGGUUGUUAGAACUGGAUAAAGUAGAUAAGAGAUUGAAAUCUCGUGGAUCGAAUAUUAAUAUAUCCGAAAAUUUUGACUUAUCCAAUCUGGCAGCUGGAGAUUUAAAACAUUUAGAAGAGGCUUUAGGCGUUGAUAUUCAAUUACCGGAUAUACAGAUUUCCACAGAAACGUGGGUCACUCUGAUUGAGCAAUUCUUAAUGCUGAUUUUAAUAAUUGGUCGAUGGAUGUUACCGAAAGGUGAUUUGACUCGCGACCAAUUAAGUCAACUGUUGUUAGUCUACAUUGGUACUGCAGCCGACAUCAUCGAGUUCUUCGAUUCCUUUAAAGAAGAUAGGAUAGCAAGAGAACCUGUACUUGUAUAUCUAACACUGGGCAUUUGGGCAUGGUCCUUGAUGCAAUUUACAGUCGUGCUGACUGCCACUAAGUCGAGAAAGUCCCGAUUAUCAUCCGGCAGCGUCGCAAGGAAAAAAAUUCGAACAGAAACCAGUUGCUGCAGCAUUGAUGUAUGGGGAAUCGCUUUGAAUAUGAUUCUUCAAGAUGGGCCGUUUCUGGCAUUUCGUUUAAUAUUGAUAAUUCAUUAUCAAAUAGUUAGUUACAUGAACAUAUUCUUUACAUGCAAAAAUACGCUCGUGAUACUAUUACAAUGGUACCGACUUUACGUAGUGAAAAGUGAAAGCAAGAAUAAACAGAACAAAAAAUAUAACAAAAAAAUGAAUGUGUCGAAUAUCAGUAUUAUUUCCCGAGAUGACAAUGACAUAAAAAUGAGAAAUUUGCGAGAUUACAAGAGAUAUAAAAACCGAUGUGAUAAGGACAUAGAAGCAAAUUACAGCGAGAUCGAAGACUCAAGAGAAAAUAUCGAUAAGUUCGAUUUGUCUCCAAAAAGUGUCUCUCGUUCUAAACGGAAAAAUCGCCAAGAUACUGGAUAUUCCACGUCGAGCUCUCGCAAUUCUAGUAAACAUGACAAAUUGUAUAAACAUGAAGAAAAGAAAAGAUCACGAAAGAAAAAAGUAGACGUGAUUUCUGACAAUGAGAGACAUAAAAAUAAAAGAAGAAGGGACAAAAGAUCUGUUGCAAAAGGCGAGAGAAAGUUGACGAAGAUUAAAAAUAAUGAUGGCUCUCGUAAGAGCUCCAGUCGAAAUUUCGAUAGUGAGAAUGAAUCUUCUAGCGAGGAGUCGAUUAAAAGUAAAAUCAUUAGUGAAGGUAGCGAAUCGGAAUUUGAUAGAAAAAGCUCCAGAGCAAAUAAUGUGUAUUCACACUUCGUAUAUUAAAUAUUCACAUCUGAAUGUGUGAACUACAAAUUAGCAGAAGAGCUACAAUUGACUCUUAUCGAACGAUCACUUCGAUAUCUCUCUUCGAAACUCUUAAAAUAGAGGUUAUAUUAUUGACACACUUAGAAGACUAUAUUGGCGUAAUGCUAUUGUGUAUUAAUAUAUUAGCACCACUGCGCACGACAGACUAUUAAAUACAUGUUUCCAUAAAUAAUUACUUAGAAUUCGCUGUUUAAUGGUGGAGAUAUUAAGAGAAAUAAAACAUAAUAAUAAAAGAU